AUGCCCAGAAGUCUUAUUUUAGUAGUUUUUGUAACUAAACUACUUACGCGUACACGUGCAAACUUUCUUUCAUCGAACCAAAAUCUUAUCAAGUUUCGUACCAAUACAUCGUCAAAAACACCGAAAGUUAUAGGAAGAAUGGAUACUAAUGAUGACUUAAUGUGUGGUGAUGACGGUGAUGUAUUAGAAGAUACAUUUGGUGAUGAGUUUGAUAACUUUCGUCCAUUACCAGACGGAGAAUUUACAAUAAAAAGUAAAAAAUAUAAUAAUUUUGUGUUGGAUUUGUCUGAAAAUGUCGAUGGUGGUAUUAUCCAUAGUAACGAAUAUAACAGUGGGGAUAAUCAAACAUGGUUAAUUAAUUAUGAUUCCGAUAAAGAAGGUUAUAUAUUGAAGAGUAAACAAAAUUCUGAUCUAUUCCUGAGCUGGAAUAGUCAUGAUGUGACUAAAGAAAAUAAUCUUCGCGGUUUCACAAAUAAUGAUAGCAAGAACCAUUACUGGCGUAUCGAACAGACCGAUGACGGAUGUUAUAAAUUUAAGAAUUUAGAUAAUUUACAUGUCUUUAUAACAAUUCAGGAUAUAUUUAGUUCAUUUGGUGGAAAACAAGUUACAAUGGAUACAGAAAUUUCUUCUGAUAAAGAGAACAAUCAAAAAUGGAUACUUAAUCCUGUCUAUUUUCAGACUAUACAAGAUGGCCACUAUAAUAUAUUUAAUCGUAACCUGCCAGAUAUAGUCGUAGGCUCUGAUAAUCAAGAGGACUCUUUGGUUCAUGCUCAAAGCUACUCUGUCAAGGAAAAUCAAGAGUGGAAGUUUAGUUACGAUAGUGAAAAGGAAGCUUAUAAAAUAAAAUGUGCGCUUAAUUCAGAUCUAUUACUAACAUUGAAUAGUAAUACUGCGUCUAAAGAAAUGGUUCUUGUAGCAUAUAAAGAUAGUGGUAACAAGAGCCAAUAUUGGCGUAUCGAACGGACCGAUGACGGGUCUUAUAGACUUAGAAAUUUGGAACAUUUAAAUUUGAUUUUAAUUUUAAGUGCUGCAUCCUUUGACAGUCAAGGAGGCGGACUUAAACUAAUAGUUGAUAAAGAUUCUAGCGAUGAUGCCAAUAUUCAUUCACGUUGGACAAUUAAACCUGUCUCUUAUCAGUCCAUCUCAGAUGGUGAUUAUAAUAUAUUUAAUAGUAAUUUGACAGACAUAGUUAUUGAGUAUAGCAAUCGAGAGGAUUCCUUGGUUCACGGUCACAGCUACAGGGGAAAUGAUAGCCAAACAUGGACGUUUGUAUAUAAUAAAGAGAAAAAAGCUUAUAAAAUAAAAAAUGCUCUAAGUACCGACCUUUUGCUGUGCUGGGAUAGUAAUGCUACGUCAGAAGAAACGUUUCUCAGAGCAUAUUCCGAGAGCAGUGGUAAGAAUCAAUAUUGGCGCAUCGAAAAGGUUAAUGACGGAUCAUACAGACUUAGGGAUCUAGAGAAUACAGAAAAGUUAAUAACUAUGAUUGACAAAGACAGUGCACAAGGAGGCAAAGAACUUAUAGUGACCGAUAGUAAAGAAAGUGGACAUGACAGAAUUACUAUUUCGAGUAGUUGGUUUUUGCAAAAAAUAGGAAAACCAGCUAUACCGAAUGGUAAAUUUAAAAUUGCAACGAAGUCAAAUUAUAGAAAGGUAAUUAAUUCAAAUCAAGAAUCAAAGUUGAUUAUUAUUGAUAAUCUAAAUCUUGUAACUAGCGAUUGGGAAAUUAAGUAUGAUUCAACUAAAAGAGCAUAUACAAUACAUUCGUCAAAAUUUGAAAACCUAGGAUGGGUAUAUCAAAAUAAAAACUGUUUUGUUACGUUAGAUAAUAUAGAUGAGUCUAAUCUUCGAAAUUAUUGGAUGGUAGAAUAUAAAAUGCAGGCUGGUGGUUAUUUAAUAAGAAGCUUAUGUGACCCAUCACAAGCAGUGAGCUAUUCUGACAACAAUCUCAUAACAACUGAUAAUGCAACAUACUCUGAUAACCAAUUGUUUAAUUUUAUAAGAAACUAA